CCUCAGUCAUUAAUUAUGCAUCCCUCGAGACCUGGGUAUACUCCAAAAAGCUCUUCCUUGUGUGUCCACACACACACACACAUAAAGAGUACUUACUGUCUGUAUACACUGACUGCACAGUGCAGACAGAUGCACACACACUCCACAAAGUGGGACCCACACACGUACAAACAAAGGCAGGUACACUUGUUGUGUCCAUCCAUCCAUCUACUGCCUGCCUGGCCGCCGUGCGUCUAUCUAUUGGCUCUUGAUGCUCAUCUUGAGCUGCUCGAUUCUCUUCCGGUAAUAGGCGAUCAGCUGCGAGACACGCCAACACACUCUGUAGGCACAAACACACACACGUCACUCACACGCUGCAGAGAGGUGAGACGGGUGCUGGCUGACAUCCACAAGGUGAUGUUAGAGAGGCUGAUCCACCUGCACACACACACGCACACACACACACACCGAUCAUGGCAGGCGGGCACACACCAGUAAUCAACCAAUAGCAGCAGAGUGCUUCCUUCCGUACCAGUUCCGUUGGUGCCUCCAGAGGUUCAUUUUCCAUCUGUCCUCCAUCUGCACCUGAUAGGGCGAGGUCGCCGCCUGGGUGCUCCUCAUCUUCUGCAGGUCGACACUCUCAUACGCAAACAGCACCAGCGUCACCAAAGUGAUGAACGUCACCACCCUGCACAAACAAUCCACACACAAUCGAUUCUGUCGCAUCUGCCUGUCCUGUUUGUUCUGUUUGCCUGCAUACCGACCUGAUCCUGGCGAGUCCGAUGGAGAUGUGAGCCGCGCAGAGUGCAUGGCCUGGCCGAGGCGCUCGAGCAUCACCACGCCAGACAGCAGCAGGAUGCACAGCGUGGCGGCGAUUGGGGCGCAGAUCCACGCGAUGAACGACCACACCGAAGCCAUUGAUGGCACCGACGUUCGGCCCCGUCUGUCUGUAUGCCUUUGAGUGAGCCUCUUCAGC